CUCGGGUAAUAAAUAGCACUUGGCAGGUGAACAGCAGAGUCACAGGAUCAGAGUCUAACAGUGUUGAGCUGAACACCGCAGCAGCAGCAGUUACACUUUCUCCACCGCUCGGAUCAGCAGAGGGAAUCAUGCUGGCUUUGAGUCGCUCCUCUGGUUUGUUCAGAGCCGCUCUGAGACGGCACUUGACUCCGAGAGCCAACAUAUCAGCCAAACCGGCUAAACACAACGUGAGCACAGGGGAGCACUUGAUUGCCAUGGCGGCCAUGUUUGUGACCAUCCUCAUCCCCUCAGGGUGGAUCCUCACGCACCUGGAGGACUACAAGAAGCGAUCAUGAGCACCUGAACACGGCGUCACGCCGCUCCUCUGCAUUCCUCCUCACAAUAACCGCACACGUUUCUCAUUAAUAAACCAACGUACAAACUAA